GAGGUCACUGAGUUCCAUGGCCCAAAGGCUUGUGGGCAGGGGUGCUGGCCCAUCUCCAACCCAAGGACUCGAGUUCCUGAGAGGGACACUUUGUAUUGGGAACCAGGAACACUCCAAGUGCUGACCCCCAAGGCCAGGACGAGGGUCAGGAGGUGCCAUCCAGGAGGUCACGGGAGUCCCCGGCCUGGCUUGGGUGCUAUCCACGCCGCCAGGCCACCAUGGUCCUUGGCUGGCCAUUGCUUCUGGUGUUGGUCCUGUGCCCAGGUGCGACAGGCAUCAAGGACUGCGUCUUCUGUGAGCUGACCGACUCCACUCAGUGCCCAGGCACACCCAUGCGCUGCGGGGACGACGAGGAUUGCUUCAUAGGCCGCGGAGUAGCGCAGGGUGUGGGGUCCAUCAUCAACAAAGGCUGCGUGCACUCCACUAGCUGUGGCCACGAGGAGCCCGUCAGCUACAUGGGCCUCACGUACAGCCUUACCACCACCUGCUGCUCCGGCCACCUUUGCAAUGGGGGUGCUGCUUCCGCCACGGGACCUGCCAGCCUGGUGCUGGGUCUGCACCUGUUCCUGGGCCUGUUGCCGCGGCUUCAAUACUGGCUGUGGUGACCCACAGAAACCGCCGGGCCUGGGGCUGUGCCCUGUGCCCCCAUCUCCACCCCUUUCCCUCAUUAAAUGGCCAGAGGUGCCGUCUA